UUAGGGGGUGCCAAGCCUAGGUGAUUUAUUUUCAUAAUAAGCAUGUCCUGCUCUAUCUAUCCUGUUAAUUUAAAUCGAUUCUGAGGGGUCCGUUUUUGUCAUUUUUUCCACGAAUGUGGUGCUGGAAUCCGAAUCCGAAUUUGAAGCCAACUUUAUGAACGUCACGCCAUUUUGUUCCGGUAACGAUUGGAGAGGAGUCAGGGAAUCACAUAUCGUCGAGCGAAGGAAGUACUAGAGCAAGUAGCAUAUUUUAGCAACAUCUGUUACAUAAGAAGCUCACCAUGCCGGUCAAGUCGGGCACCACGAAGAUUUUCCUGGGUAAUCUGAGCGACGCCGCCACCCCCGAUGUCAUACGGCCGCUGUUCGAGGCGUUCGGAACAGUGGUGGAGGCGGACGUCAUUAAAAACUAUGGAUUUGUGCACAUGGAGGACGAAUCGGACGCCAAGCGGGCCAUCGCGGCGCUCAACGGGAAGGAUGUCUGCGGAAAACCGAUGGUGGUCGAACUGUCCACCGGUCUCAACAAGCGCGGCCUGGCCAGGAAAGGCAGUGGUGUGGCGGGCAGGUGUAAGAUCUUCGUGGGCAACCUGCACAAGGACACUCAGCUGGAGGAGCUGCGCAGUCUCUUCCAGCGGCACGGGAACGUCGUCGAGGCCGACAUCAUCUCCAACUACGCUUUCGUGCACAUGGAAGGCGAGGACCAAGCACAGGCUGCGAUCGACGAACUGAACGGCUAUCAGCUGCACGGCCAGGACAUCCGGGUCCAAAUGUCGACCAGCUCCGUGCGACAGGUGCCCGGGAUGGACAAGCUGGACAUCUGCUACCGCUGCGGCGUCCAGGGGCAUUGGAGCAAGGACUGCGGCCGUCCGGCGGCCGGCGCCACUGGCUACGGCGGCGCCUACGCCGGCUACGCCCCGGCUGCGGCCCCGCACGACACGUGGGGUGGCUACCAGGCGGCGGCGGCGGCGCGCGAGCGGGCGCGCUACGCUCCGUAUCCAGCGUACGGACCGGCGCCGCCCACCUACCGCCGGGAUCCGUACUAUGACACGGCGCCCCGCCGGGACCCGUACUACGAUGUGGGCGGCUACUACGCGCAGCCGGGGUAUUACGAGCCGGCCAGGGCCGUCCCAGCCGACUACUAUGACGAGUACGACCUGUACGAACGACGGGCGGCCGCCGCGCGACGGGCCGCGCCGCUGCCUACGGACCCGUACGAUCCGUACGGUCUGGCCCGUCGGCCGGCCGCUGAGGGAUUGUACGACCGUAGGGCGGCCACUUAUCGCUCGGACGGAGCGCCGCCGCCGCCGCCGCCGUCCUCCUCGCGACACAUGUACUAACCGCGCCACCAUUGCCGCGCCAUCCGCCGCGCGCGCGCCGCGCUCGCCGCGUCGCCGUCGACAUCGUCACCGACAGCUCGGAGCCGCCGCCGCCGCCGUCGAGACGCCGCAGUGGGGGCGCCGCCGGCAAUGGGUCGCGUGCCGCGCGGCUAUUCCACGCCAGCGCCACCGCGCGGGCGCCGCGCGCAACUGAGGUUUGUCGUCUCUCCGCUAGAUGUCUCGCCGAGCGUGCGAGAUUGACGCUGCGUGUGUGACCAAAGGGCAGUCUGUGAGCGUACGCUGAUUGGUUAGUUUGGCGGUGAUUCAAGACGACUUCCCGCCGUAUCAUAGCUAUUUGCGUUGGGUAAAUGCGUAAGUGUAACUUACCUUUCUCGAUCUGGGAAUAUAAUUACGCAGUAUAAUCAAGUUGACGUAUUUUCUACGUAGGCUUAUGUCAGUGUGACGCUCGCAAAUUGUCCUUUGGUUUUCCGUGCUGUCGUUUGUCACCUAGCUGUGUAUGUUUCCAUGGCAACGGUCGGCGGUGAGCUGACCUGCGGCGCCGGGUAGGCGGUCGCGGCCAGCUCGUGUACUUUAGCUUUGUCGUUUGGUCGGUAGAUGUCGCGCUGUUCGCUGACACGCGGCGUUCCGCCAUUGCUGUGAGUGUGAAUUUGGUUUACUACCGGGGACUUUCGGUCGGAAUUUUCUCGACUUCAUUCGACACGAUUUGGCGUGACAAAGUGACGUUUAUGUACAAUACAGACUACAUACCCUAA